CUUCGGAGGUAAUUUUGUAUCGGCAACAUCGCAAGGUCAACCAUAUGAUACGUCACGUCACUUUGUGUCAUAUGACUGCUUGCAUACAGAUUUUGUAGGACGGGUGCUGUCUGGUCGAUACUUACUUGAUUUUUCCAUAAAAUAAGUGAAAAUGGCUAGCCAAUCGCAAGGUAUUCAACAAUUAUUAGCAGCAGAGAAACGUGCUGCAGAAAAAGUAGCAGAAGCACGAAAACGCAAAGCAAGAAGGCUAAAGCAGGCCAAAGAGGAAGCGCAGGAAGAAAUUGAGAAGUAUCGUAAAGAACGUGAGCGACAGUUUCGCGAAUUUGAGGCAAAACACAUGGGCUCUCGUGAGGAUGUAGCUGCAAAGAUUGAAGCUGACACCAAACGAAGAAUAGAGGAAAUGAACAAAGCAAUUCAGGCACAGAAAGAACCUGUUAUUCAAGAGAUACUUAACUUGGUGUACGACAUCAAGCCAGAAAUCCACAAAAAUUACCGCAUCUAAAGUACUUGGUGCUUUUUAUCAGUGUCAGUAUUGAUCCUUAAAAAGGAAGAUAAUACUUAUAUAGCAUGUCUAGCUGUUCAUUCCAUUCGCCUUUUUUAUAGGUGUAUUUUUUAGCACAUUUUUCGUUUGAAAUAUGAAUCUAUAACAAAAUAGUUGCAAUAUAUCUGUGUGUUUGUUGUAUAUUGUAAAUAAAACAUAUGAUUGUUCAUCAUUGGACUCAUUUUUUGAUGCUAUUUGUCAUUGAUUACUUUGGGUCGCUCAAUCUACUGGUUUAGGGGUAGUUUUUCAAGAACAACUUUAAAGUUAUGUGACUUGGAAGUCAACUUUAACUUGCCCGAAUAUUCGUUUUUCAAGUUUUGGUUAUCGAAUUUGUAAUCAGUAUCGCAAAAAUCACGAUUUUUUUUUUAAAAAUUAACCUGAUUUUUGGAGAUCGCGAUUUUUUUUAAAUAAUUCCAAGUUGUACUGAUUUUUACCUUAAAUAUGGCAACAAUGCACUUUCAAAUAGUUCAUUAUUUUUCCUAUUCGC